UGAUCAUGAGAUGAGUACAUCCACAACAACCGUUCCUCAGACCACAGUCCUGUUCACUCGUGGAGUCAUCGCUCUCUUUUCAACAUGGACCAUACUUCGAUCAGCUAUCCAGGAAUCAUGGGGUGGACCGAAUACAUUAGACAAGUGCAAAUGGCUGUAUGGAACGAUCGUCGAUACGUUUGAACAAGAAUCUGAUACCCCCGACGACCAAUACAUCGAAGAGCUCCUGUUACAGGUUCUGGCAGAUGAAUUCGACAUCAUGGUUGAGGAUGGAAGUGCAGAGAACGUAGCAAGAGAGGUGGUGACCAUGUGGGAGGAAGUUCAUGCCGGUCGGGGGGAGAGCUUAGUGCAGAAAUGGGAGGAGAAAGCUGAUAAGUUAAAAGGUCGAAAGGAAGUGACUGAGAUACAAGAAGUCCACGAAGAUGGCGAUUGGGAGGACGACGAUAGUGAAGAUAACGAGGACGAGGACAUGGACGAAGACGAAGAAACAGCGCCUCAGCUUAUCGAACAUCAGCCCCAAAAGAAGGAAGAGCCAGAGGUCGACGAAGAUGGAUUCACUUUGGUGAAGGGUAAAGGAAGACGGUAGCGGUGGGUUUUUCUGGGGUUCAAAGUGUUGUGUAGGAAAUGUUCAAGAUCAUCCAAGGAAGCAACCUAAAUUUCUAUAUAGUGCCAACCCAGGUUUCGUUGGGCAGCAUUAAUAUUUAAAUAAGAAAUUGCAU